AUGCUGUAGGUUAAAAACCAUUAAUAGUUGUUUCUCUCAGAGAACUGUUGAGGAGAUUAUCUCUGCACUUGAGGAGGGUGAUAAAAACAUGGAUGACUGGAUCUCAUGGACUAUCCAGGCCUUAAAGAAAGCAUCACCAACAAGUCUCAAAAUUUCUCUUUGCUCUGUACAUAUACUGCUUUAAGAGCCGGUGUUUACCUUGAAUCCGAUAUUUUACCACAUCGUGAGAUUGAUGAGGUUGACCCUAAAAGCCGACACAAGGGGAAUCUCGAGACCGAGAUCUUACUAGAGUCAAAAGGUGUCAACUACACUUCUAUAAAACCCGUUUAUAUCUACGGCCCGUUGAACUAUAACCCUGUCGAAGAGUGGAUUUUCCAUAGGUUGAAAGCGGGCCGACCCAUCCCCAUUCCCAAAUCAGCUGGUGGAUUCCCUGAGCCCGAGAUCAUUCACUAUAAUCCUAAGGAGUUCCAUUACGGUAAAAAGAAAGCAUUUCCAUUCCAGGACCAGGAUUUCCCAAUGAUUGGCGUCAUGGGAGGCGCGAUUCCGAUGGGAACUUUUUGUUAUGGAAGAUCAUGUAGUGUAUGAAUUUCUAGGGCUUGCACGAGAUGAAAAUGAAGAACAUGGGAGGCUAUUUUUAGAGCGAUUUAAUAUUUUUUUUCACUAAACAAUGUAUUAAUUUUUUUAAAUCUUCUUAUUUUAAGUAAUUUGAUAUAACUGAAACUUACAGUCUCUUUUAUUGCCGAAUGCACUUUUAUAUAAGAUAACUUAUUUUUAUCUUUCAAAUAUGUGAACACAUGGUUCAAACAAAGUAUAGCUUGCAGUCAUUCAAAAAUUGUAACAAGUUAACAAUUUGGGUUUGCAAAAGCCUAAGUACAAUUGGGGGCACUCAAAUAUGUGAUACAUUGAUUAAAAGGCUUUUGCAAACCCAAAAUUGUAACAAGUUAACAAUUUGUUGACCACAAAUCACAAUUGCCAAGUGAUGGCCUAUACGACAACAUACGUCAUUACGUUGGACAAACACCUAGAGGUAGCUGAUUGUGUUACUGUUAUUUUUUGCUUAUCAUUACCAAAACUAAAAAAACAAAAUUUCUCAUUGUUUUUCUUGGUUGUACACGAAUCCAAGGUAUCUUUAUUUUGCUUAGAAAAAUAUCGUGUAUUAAGAACCUUAGAAUAAUUUUUAUAUGUACACGAAUCAGUUGAGAAAUUCAUGAUUGGGAGCUACAUUUUUCAGUUUAAUGUAAUUUAAUAUCUACAUAAGUAA